CCACUUUUUGUGUGGUGAGUCGAAAGACAAACGCUACACUGAAUAUCACAUUAUUUGGCUUCAAAGGGGUUUUUCACUAAAGUUAGCAGAUGUCGCGUGAAUCGUCGCUGAAGAAGAGACCGGGCACAGCUCUCUCCAUCGUGUCUGAGUUCAGGGGGUCUGCUUCAUUAAACCCCAAACCUGCUGCUGAAGAGCUGCUGCUCGAUCAGAGUCUGUCUCCGGAGAAACUGAAAAUCCUCUCUGGAUCAGACGAGUUACAGGAGGUGACGUCACUGGAGAUGUGUGUCGACACCCGAGAGGAGACUCUGGACAACUUCGGAAUCCACUUGCCCAAACUUACACGGCUGAAAAUGAACAACAGUCUGAUCUCGUCUGUGCGGGAUCUGGGAACCGGUCUUUCCCUCCUGCAGGUCUUGUGUCUGGCUCGAUGUGGUCUGACCGACCUGGAGGGGAUUUCUGCUCUUUCCUCCUUAAAGGAGCUGUAUGCGGCGUUCAACAGCAUCUCAGACCUGAGUCCAGUCAGUUUGCUGGAGGAUCUGGAGCUGCUGGAUCUGGAGGAGAACGAGGUUGAAGAUCAGGCUCAGUUGUGGUAUUUGGGCCGCUGUGUGAAGCUCAGGACACUUUCACUGGAAGGAAACCCUGUGUGCAGCCGCCCCGCUCCAGGAGCCUCUGAGGUCUGCGGCUACAGCUACAGGUCUGCGGUGCGUGAGCUGAUCCCGCAGCUGAUCUUCCUCGAUGAUGUUCCUGUUGAAGAGGACAAACCUCAACGCUGCAGAACUUCGCUGCAGGACUGGACUCUUCUCAGAGAAUCCAUCAGAGACGCUUCGGUCAGUGACGGCCGUGAGCUCACAGAUGCAGACAAACAGCAGCCUCUGAAGAGCCAGAGAUGUGUCAGUGUGAGCGGCGUCAGACCUGGAGAUCUGAGAAUCUCCUCCAGGAGUCUCUCCAGCCGUCCAGACAGCGCCAGACCUCUCACUUCCUGCAGCGGAUCAAGCCCAGGAUCGACCGGCUCUGACAUCGCCGUCCUGAACCACGAGGCCAGUGAUCUGACGAACGGUGUUUUUAUGGUUAUCUGUGGGAAUCCACUACAAGCUGCUCGAGCACGAAGACAGAAAAUAAAGCUCCAAAUCUCUGGUUCUCAAACUCGUCCCAGCACACGGAUCAGCAGCUUCGUUCCUGAACACACGCUUGAGCGUGAAGAGUGCAGCAGCCGCGAUCACAGCCGUGUUCUUACUGAACUCAGAAACUGGAGGAUUGAGCACAACAAACGUCUGCUGGUUAUUGAGAAGGAGCGGCAGCCGCAGGUGAUGAAGAUCCACCACAGCGAUGAUGAUGAUGAAGAUGAUGAUGAAGGCAGUCACAGCCAUAGUUUCAGCAGCGAUGACAUCACUAGAGACACGAGCUCUCCUGAUUGGUCCGUUCAGUGUCCCUCAGCAGAAUCUCCAGAGACGCUGAGACUCAGCUCUUCAUCAGGCUGUUCGAUGUCUCCCUCUCCUCCACCCAGAGCAGCAGCAGCGCCCCCUGCUGGCCGGAGGAUCACGCAGCUCCGCACUCGGAGGCUCAGAGCUCAUGAUGCAGACGUCAGUAAAGCGAGAGCAUCAGAGGAGACUCGUGAGACUGAGAGCAUCAUGACUGUGUGUCCUCAAAUCAUCCACAAACCUCACAGACCCUCCACCAGUCCUCUUAGAGCACAACGGUCAGAAGCUACUGAGGAUCAUCAACACUCAGACACCCAACAUAAACCAGUAAUAGUCUCUGAAAAACUAACGUCCAGACGCCCACAAACAGCCAGAGCUGCACUGCAGAGACUUGCAGACGGGAAACACUCGCCUGAAGUGAUGCAUUGUGGAAUAUUUCAGGUUUGAUUGACAGGAGAGUCUCAGCACAGAUAUCAUGUGAUCACUGACAGACUGCAGAUCUGUUGGAGCAUGAUGUCAGGUGACUGUAAUUGUGAACUCUGAUCUCCAGCAGCACAGCUUCAUCUCUGGUGGAUCGCUAGCAUGUCUGCUCUUGUAGGUUCAGUGUUUGCAGACGCAGGUGCAGGACUGUUAUUCCACGCGUCUCUGAAAGAUUUUCCACAGAUGACAGUCAGAUAACAGUGUUGUUCUGACAAACACCGCAUCAUUUAUCUGGCCACAGUCUCCACAGGCUCCAGGUCUUUUAACCAUUUUGGACAGAAUUUUGUAACAAGAUAUUUUUGUGCACAUCCAGAUAUAUGAUGUUAAUAUUUGGCAAAUGGAGGAUGGAAAAUUGUUAAUAAAGUCAAGUGGAGAAUGAAAAACAAUGUUCUUUU